AUGACUGGCAAGAUGAAUGGCACCGACGGCGUCUGCACGACAAAGGGCUGCGUUCGAGCCGCCUCUGAUCUGAUCAAAAACAUGAACGAGGACGUCUCUCCGUGUGAUGACUUUUAUCAGUUUGCCUGCGGUGGGUGGAUCAAGAACCAGGUGAUUCCCGACGACCGGACCACCGUGUCGGUCUUUUCCCUUCUACAGGAUGAGCUGAACCACAAGCUGCGCGUCCUUGUGGAGGCGCCCGGCGUCGCCGACGAGCCGCCCUUCUUUGAGUCGAUGCGCAACCUCUACCGCUCCUGUCUCAACCUGACGGCCAUUGAGAAGGCGGGCGACACGCCGCUGCACCUCGCCCUCAAGCGCUUCGGUGGCUGGCCCAUUGUGGUGGGGCCGAACUGGGAGGGCGCCACCACCUUCGACUGGAUCGACAUUCUCAUCAAGUUUCGCGAGCUGGGCUUCAACCACGACAUUCUCAUUGACCUCUCGGUGACGCCUGACUUUCGCAACAACACUCGCCACAUCAUUGACCUGGACCAGACGUCGCUGGGCAUGCCCGACCGAAACUACCUGCUGAGAGGGCUGAACGACUCCGCCGUGGCCGCCUACUACAAGCUGAUGGUGGACAGUGCGGUCUUUCUGGGCGCAGAUCGGGCCACCGCUGAGAAGGAGAUGUUUGAGACGCUGCAGUUUGAGACUACUCUGGCGAGCUACUGUCUGCCGCGCGAGGAACGUCGGAACAUCAGCUCUCUCUACAACAAGAUGAACAUUGCGGAGAUUGAGAAGUUGGCGCCGAACAUCAAGUGGAGCAAGUACUUUGGCGCUCUGCUCGGCACCAACGUCACCGCCAGCGAUGAGAUCAUCGUCAAUGUGCCCAAGUUUCUCACCAAGCUGGACGCCUUGCUGCUGACCACUGACAAGCGCCUUCUAGCCAACUACAUGCUCUGGCGCGUCGUGCUGCAGUCCUUUUCAAUGCUGGGCAAGAGAUGGCGUGAGCUCGCUCAGGAGUUCAACACCGUGGUAACCGGUCAGGCGCGCGAGGAGCCCCGCUGGGAGCAGUGCAUCUCCUCGGUGACCGGGUCGCUGGGCAUUGCCCUCUCCUCCCUCUACGUGCGCAAUCACUUCAAGGGCCAGUCAAAGGAGAAGGCCCUGGAGAUGGUCGGCUACAUUCACCGCGAGUUUCUCAAGAUUCUCCACGACGUCGACUGGAUGGACGAUCGGACGAAGCAGCGGGCAAGGGACAAGGCAAUGGCCAUCCGCCCCUACAUUGGCUACCCCAAUGAGCUGUUCAACAAUACUGAAAUUGAAAACUUUUACUCUGGAUUGAGUUUCUCAAAGAACGAAUACUUUAACAAUGUUCAAACACUGCGGAAGUGGUCUACUGACUAUGCUUUUGGCCAGCUGAAUAAAACCAACAAAAAGGGAGACUGGCGCAAACACGGCAAAUCAGCAGUGGUCAAUGCGUUCUACAACAUUAUUGAAAACUCGAUUGAGUUUCCAGCAGGAAUUCUGCAGGGUGCAUUUUUUUCCAGCGACAGGCCAAACUAUUUAAACUUCGGCGCGAUUGGCUUUGUAAUUGGUCAUGAGAUCACGCACGGAUUUGAUGACAAGGGGCGACAGUUUGACAAAGACGGCAACAACAUUAACUGGUGGGAAGCUGAGACGGACAAACGCUUCAAAGAGCGAGCUCAGUGUAUCAUUGAACAGUACGGCAACUACACGGUGCCGGAAAAUGGACUUAAGGUCAAUGGCGUGAACACCCAAGGCGAAAACAUUGCAGACAAUGCUGGAUUAGUGGAGGCUUACCGAGCCUAUCAGAUGUAUGUAAAGGACAACGGCGAAGAGUCCUCUCUGCCGGGACUGAAGUACACCCCGAAGCAGCUCUUCUGGAUCAGUGCGGCCAACAUUUGGUGCGGCAAGUACCGUCCUGAGGUGUUGAAGCUGCGUGUGCAGGUAGGCUCACAUAGUCCGGCACAGUUUCGCGUCGUUGGGACGGUUUCAAAUUUGGUUGAGUUUGCCGAGACUUUCAACUGUCCAAUUGGAUCACCGAUGCGACCGGUGAAGAAGUGUUCAGUGUGGUGA